GAGGCACCGUCGGAAACCAGCAGAAGCUCUUGUCGACGUUGCAGAGCGAGAAGCUUAGGGUUUCGAAGAGAGAGAAAGAAUGGGAGGAGGACAUGGCGCAAGUACGACUUACAAGGGGAUGACGAUCCACCAUCCGAAGCGGUGGCACUCCGUCACUGGCAAGGGCAUGUGCGCUCUCAUGUGGUUCUGGAUUCUGUACAGGGCAAAGCAAGAUGGUCCUGUAGUAUUGGGCUGGAGGCACCCUUGGGAGGGCCAUGGUGAUCACGGUCACGGGGAUCAUCACUAGAGACAUCACUUGUGCCACAUUGUCUGGGAAUUUACGGUCUACUCGCAUCGAAGCCUGUGGAGAUCAUGGCGAAAAAAUGGUUUGUUUCUUGUUCUUUUUCGGGUUCUUGUGUCGAAAAUAAAGGAUUUGCGAGUUGUGAAGAAGAAAGUACUCUUAAUUUGAAGUUCCAUUUCACCUUUGUUUAUCCACAAAACUUUGUAAGACAUUGAUACUCUGUUCUUUUUCUUGCAUUUCCUUGCUAUUGUUCUUC